AUGAAUAAAUAAAAUAAAUUAUUAAAGAAAACAAAACAAAUUUAUUACAAACUUUUCAAAAUUUCCUCCCGUUUUAUAAAUAAUUUCUUGCCAACAAAUGUUUCAAAAUCAUUCAAAUUAACCGUUAAUUCCCAACUAAACUAAAUAAUAUGUAAAAAAAAAAAUAUUUAAAAUUCUAACUACAUCCGUUGUAAACAAGGAAAAUUCGGUGCAGUUUCUUAAACUUCCAAUGGCGGUAUUAGAAAAACAUCAUAACGUCAAUGUCUGGUGGUUUCCACAAGAUUUUUGUCAAUCACGUUAUGGUGCAUAUUAUGAAAGUGGCACCAAUUCCUGUACCUUGAUAUCUCUAAUAUUGGCCGAUAAAAUGGCCAAAGAAGAGGUAUUUCAUAAGCCUGGCAAAACUUUACCCAAACGUGCCAUAGAAAUAUUUGGUGAUGCCAUGAAUGAGGGUAAUAUAGUUUAUGGUAGAAUGUUUAAUACUAGUAGAGGAGGCAGCAAAAGAAAAACUCCUAAUCUUAAUAUACCAGAAGCUUUAACAGCUUUGGGCGGCCAAAGAAAUAUGUCAUUUGAUUUACGUGAAUGGUUUUAUACUCACCUAACAGCAAAUCCUCAAAAAGAGUCCUAUCAAUACUCAGUGCCCAAUCGUAUAACUCAAGUUUUAAAAUUGGGCGUGCAACUCUUUAAACAACCUUCCAGCAAUAGCCGAGCUAGAAAUUUAUUUGCUGCCUUAAUAGCUGACAGUCGUACUACUGUAUUUGUAUUUGAAUUUCCUCAAAAUAUGGUGUCAUUCUUUGAUUCACAUCAACAUGGUCAAAGAGCUGGUGCAGUGGUGGCUCAAGCUUCCAUAGAUAAUUUACCUGAAUUGUGUGUUUGGUUUGUUAACAUGCUGCAGAAGGUGUACAAAAGUCGUCCUUCGGUUUAUGAAAUAUCAUUUCUUACAACCAGAGCUGAUGCGCCAAAUCUGGAAACGCCUAUAUAGCAAUAAAUCCUUUUUGUGAAAAACAAUUAUUUAAAUAAUAAACUUGAAUU